AAUAGAAGAGGCUUAUCGCAUGUUUGCUUCACGCAAACAACUAAAUGUGAGAGAGAAAGAGAAAAUAGAGAGAGAUCGUUUGUUUUUUGUUAGCUUUGUCGUCGCGUGGCUUUAAAGACUUUUCUUCUCUGUACUCUCCUCUUACCAAACCCUAAUUCUCCUCUCUUGAUUCCCUUUUCUCAAAUCUUCCUCUCUUCUUCAAAUUACAACACCAAACAUAAUCUCCAUAUUUUUUUCUCGACAAAUUUAAACCCUAAACACAAUAGAGAGGGAGAUAGAGUAACAACUCGUUAAUUGUGGGGUGGCCGGUCAUGAGCGGUGGUGGGAACACAGUCACUGCCGUGGGAGGCGGAGGUGGUGGUUGUGGUGGAGGAGGCAGCACUGGGGGAGGAGGAAGUAGUGGCGGUGGUGGUGGUGGGCCAUGUGGUGCUUGUAAGUUUCUAAGGAGGAAGUGUGUGCCGGGAUGUAUAUUUGCACCCUACUUUGACUCCGAGCAAGGCUCGGCUUAUUUUGCGGCGGUGCAUAAAGUGUUCGGAGCCAGUAACGUCUCGAAGCUUCUCUUACACAUACCGGUUCAUCGAAGGUCCGAUGCUGUCGUAACAAUUUGCUAUGAAGCUCAGGCUAGGAUAAGGGAUCCUAUCUAUGGUUGCGUCGCUCACAUCUUUGCUCUUCAGCAACAGGUGGUGAACCUACAGGCAGAAGUUUCUUACUUACAAGCCCAUUUGGCAUCACUAGAGCUACCUCAACCGCAAACGCGGCCACAGCCUAUGCCGCAACCGCUCUUUUUUACUCCUCCUCCGCCUCUUGCCAUAACUGAUUUACCUGCAUCAGUCUCACCCUUACCCUCAACCUACGAUUUAGCAUCCAUCUUCGAUCAAACGACGUCUUCUUCGGCGUGGGCCACGCAACAACGAAGAUUCAUUGACCCACGUCACCAAUACGGUGUAUCAUCGUCGUCUUCUUCUGUCGCCGCGGGGCUCGGUGGUGGAAACAGUCAGGACCUUCAAGCAUUAGCACAUGAACUCCUCCAUAGACAAGGAUCUCCUCCACCGGCCACUACAGACGAUUCGCCGUCUCGAACUAUGUCUAGAUGAGUUGGUUUUGAUCAAAUACAUCUCCCCCUUUGUUAUUAGGAAAAUUAAAUUACUACUCAAUAAGAUUUAAUUUUCUUGAAAUGUUGUAAGGAAUAUUGAUUAUAAAUUUUCUAACAUUUAAAUUUGUAUUACUACUGUAUUUUCCCUUCGUUUUCUGACGAGUAUUUCUUCUUUGCCUUUAA